GUCUCACCGUAAUAAUCUCUCUCUACGUCACCACUCCACAGUUUCUCUCUCUACUUCACCUUGCAUCGGCGUUGAUCACACUAUGUUUUCUUGAUUGAUCUCUCUGUUGCCCUCCAUUCAUUUUCGUAACAGUGUAUUUCUUCGUUCUCUCUCUAUUUCACUCUCUCUCCCUAGGUCACGGAAGCAGAGUUUUCUUGGAAGUAGAGUUUUCUUGAAUUUUCCCUGCCUUCACCAUGUCAGACUACUACAUCCCUGACGAUCUGCUCAUCGACAUAUUAUGCAAAAUUCCAAUGAGUGAUCUUUUGAAUUUUCGACGUGUUUGCAAAUCUUGGGCUUCUCUGAUAAGCAGUCAUGGAUUUGGGAUCGUUUCAUUUAAUAGCAACAAGGAAUUGAAUCGUAUUCAUCACCUUCUAGUCAGUUUCAAGAAGAGUUCUUUUUCUCAUGGACAAAAAGAAUGUUGUUUUGGGAGAGUAGGCUUGGCACUCCGUUCGUCAAGCAUGAUUUGUGGGUUCUUUUUGGCAGCGACAGUGAUAUAUGGUCUUGGGUACUUUGCGGCGGAAGGCCUGUUAGAAAAGUCCUUAAUGGUUGUUGUAAGUCUUUUUUCCCCCCUAUAUUGACUUGCGUAAACACUCUGCUUAGAGUGACGGCUAGAUUUCAUGGUACAACUUCUUGAUGUCAAAUGUAAAAGAUAUUAUAAAUCUUUUUUUCCUCUCUAGGAUGUUCUCUGUCAUUAAUUGGUCUUAUGAUCAUGUAAACAUUUCUCUUGAAGUUCAGCAGCUGGUAUUCUUUACAUUUUGAAGUUCAUAAGAAAGUCUAUUAAUUUCGUUC